GUCCAAGUAAACAUAAUUUACCGGGCGCCAUCUUUGAUUUUGAUCUCAAACAAAAAAGAGAAAACUACCUGUUUUUAACAAUGCUUGAGAUAUCUGAAGAUGUCGAUUUGGCCUACGCACUCAGCUUGCAAGAGGAACUCGAUCAAGAACAGAAAAACGGGGAAUCAAACUAUUUUAAAGCCGCAAUUCCUUUUACUUCUAGUAAGAACGUAGCCCCUGUUUCAGUUGUGGAUGAAUCGUGGGAACUUAUUGAUCCUAUUCCCGAUAUACGGCAGUUAUUUCUUCAAUUUAACGACGUCUACUUUAAAGGACUUUUAGGCUCCGUUGAAGUGAAGUGGAGCCCACGAAUGACAUUAUGUGCUGGACUGUGUUGUUAUGAGGGCCGUGGAGGACUCUGUUCUAUAAGACUCAGUGCACCAUUACUCAAGUUGCGUCCAAGAAAAGAUCUUGUACAAACGUUACUGCACGAGAUGAUACAUGCUUUAUUGUUUGUAACACAGAACAACAAGGAUCAUGAUGCUCACGGGCCAGAAUUCCUAAAACACAUGCAAAGAAUCAAUGCAGAAAGCGGAGCAAAGAUCACUGUUUAUCACAACUUUCAUGAUGAGGUAAAUGUAUACCGCCAACACUGGUGGCAGUGUGAUGGCCCUUGCCGUAAGAGGCCACCUUAUUAUGGGAUGGUCAGGAGAGCUAUGAACCGAGCCCCCUCUCCAAGAGACACAUGGUGGGCAGACCAUGAACGAACAUGUGGUGGGAAAUACACAAAAAUCAAAGAACCCGAAAACUAUGGUGCCAAAAAGAACUCGAAAUCAAAACAAGGAAAAAGUGAUGCAGAAGCAGGAGCUGUGAAGGGCAAGAGUCAUGCACUGGGUGGAAGUGAUUCUGGAACAUUGCCAAGAUUUUUUAAACGAAAAAUAAGAGAUAGUGAUGCUGGUUAUAGCAAUUCUGACAGUGAUUUUGAAACAGGAAAAAAGAAAAAGAAGCCCUUGAGUGAUGACCGUGAUGAGGUUCCAUUAAUUAAUGGUGAAGCAAGUAAACCAAAGAUAAGCCAGCCAGGUUCAUCAAAGAGGGCUGCUGAUGUAAUACCAUUCUCUGGUCCUGGUAGAACAUUAAAUUCAAGCACUGGAGUGCGUAACACUGAUAAUGAACCUUUGUCUAAACAAAAGGACUUGCAGAUAUUUUCAAAGCAAAAGUCAAAUGGAACUAAGAAACCAGCCAUUGUUAUAAAAACACCAUCACCAACUAAACCCAAAACAAAUACCUCUCCGACUCUCACAAUUGUGGAUGCUUUCCAGAGAGCAAGGGACAAAAGCAAAGGCUGCAACAGUAAAAAUGAUUUCUUAACAAGUCCUAAGUUGGGAUCUCAGAGAAAACCAAUUGAGUUGUUACAAGACUCUCCAAGUUCACCUGUUCAGGAAGUUACCAUGUCAAGUUGGGAUUCUAAUUCAAGUGAAUCAGUGCAGUGCCCUGUAUGUCAAGCAUUAAUUCUAAAGUCCAAGAUUAAUCAACAUCUUGAUUCGUGUUUGGAAUUUUGAUCAUGUCAUCAUGAAUUUGCCAGUCAGCUGUUGGGUUUACAAGGAAAAGGUUUUUACAUAUAAAAUAUACAUAUAUGAACCAGAGUAUUUUUAAUGUAUUUUAAAGUGGCUAGGGUCUUGAACAACAGUCACUAAGGAAGUUUUAGAUAGAUGUUUUUUUAUAACGAAGAAUAAACUUAUGUAGUAUAAUGAUGUGACAGAUGGAAUUUUAAUACAGUCACACUCCAUCAAAGUGUUUUGCAUUACAUGUAGUCUUUAUCAUCAUCAUUCAUGUACUUUUUGCUUCACAGGUUAACCUUUCACAAGAAGGACUGUUACAGUAAUAUUAUACUAACUUCAGUAAUCUAGGAAACUAAUUUUUCCCUCUGCAUUAAGUGAUAAUUUAGCUCUGCUUCUUCUAACAAGCAGAGAUUGUGUAGGGCAAUGUUAAUGCACCUGUCAGCAUUCACCAUUUGUACACAUUGCAUGGCUAUGAUGUUCAGUAAUCUUUCCACAGGCAUCAAUCCCAUUUAUUGGAGUAGCACAACACAGAAAAGGUGUAUUUUGGCAAAUUGUACUGAUGGAGUGUGACCCCUAAUUGUUUGUUUAAUACAAACUGUUGAGUAGUUACAUAUUUUUAUGAGAUUUGACAAGAGAGCGAUGUAUAUUUUCAAUAAAAUGAAAGAUUUUAUAUUCCUGAGAGCCUCUGUAGUACUGUACUGUUUUGAUGUUUUUCUUUAAACAAAGCACUGGAUGUUGCUACAGAAAUAAUUGUUGGCUAGCAACAGCAUUAUUGUGGUUUGGUAUGGUGACUAUGGAACAUCAAGUGGACAAAUGUCUGUGUUUGAACACAGGCAUUAGCUCUUUUGACAACUUUUAAUACUCACUAUUAAUAGAUCAAUAACAGCUAUUAAAUUAUAUAAAUUUAGUGAUAGACCAAAGUUGUACCAAACCAAUAAAAACGCUGUCCUGCCUGUGACAAUAUUGUUUUUAUCCACAUGCGUGAUAUCAUAUUUGAAAUCAUUUCUACAGUAAAUUGUUGGUGUAUGAUUGCAGGCGACCCAGACAUUGAAUACGAUUAAUACAUGGCAUUAUGCAGUUGGCGAUUACAUUACAAUUUUAGCCGUUUAUAAGAAAAUGUAUGAGAAUGCUUUGAAAAUUACUCUUAAUGCUACUUGUCGAAAAUGAUUUGAAUAAAAUGGUUUACCUUAUGUUUGCAUUGCGUUAUUUUGAUGUCUCUGAGUUCCUGGAGGUGGUUUAGAGCCAUUUAGGCGAGUCUUACUUUCUGGCAGUUUGCGUU